CCGCCACCACAGCACACAGCUUGUUGUGCUCCUCACGCCUCUGUCGUUGCCCUCUGCCACCGCCACAGCCGUGCACAGCAUUCCCGCGAGUGUUCCCUGUGCCCCCUGCUCGCAAUCGGCACCAAUGAAUGUCAAGUGAUGCAGUUAGUGCGAGUGUGUACACGAGUGUGGCACUGUUACGCGCGACCGCACAGCGGGUCCGGGGAUGGCACCGGACGUGACACAGGCGAGGCUAUUGACACAGUGUCAGGAAGCCAAGGACCGUGUGUCAAGGGUAGCAUCGCCGUGGUGUGUGGAGAGGGAGUGCCAAAGUGAGGGGAACGCAAGGAACAUUGUGAGUGUCCGUGGCACUAGUGAGUCAGAGUGCGGCGCCUCCGAGCCUGGCCUGAGUGCCCCGUCAGCGAAACCUUGCAACAAGCCAGGCGUAGGCUAAUAAACUCUCAACCGUGCCAUGUAGAUCCCGCCCUUAUCACCAUGAACCAUACAGGCCAUACUUGCGUCCACUGGACAGCGAACCUUGCUCGUCUCUGCCCAAGUCUUGAUGAUGAUGUAACAUGUAGAGGUCUGCAAGAACUUCCAGACUUGUGGGUGAGGUGCCGAGCAGCGGAGGUCAAGAUGGAGGGUCCAGACAGCCGGCCCCCCCAGCUACCCCCCUCCCUCCCCCCACCGACCAUAGAGGCAGACACCCACCAGCCACCACCCUCUUCUCCUCAGCUGCCACAACCCUCAUCUCCCUUGAAGCCAGCGACUUCUCCCCCUCUGAAACCUCCCUCACCCCCCCUCCAGCCCCCUCCCUCCCCCCCUCCCCUCCAGCCAUCACCUACCUCCCCAUCACAAACGUUUCCUCACCCAUCUCUCCCUCACACUCCUCACUCUCCCCUGCCUCACACCCCCUUGCCCCAUACGCCCCUUACUCCACACAGCCCCCUCACCCCCCUCACCUCCCAGAGCACCCUGGCGUCGGAGGCUUCUGUGGACUCUGGCGUGGCUUCUGCUCAUUCACUGGACUUGUUGCACAAUAGUAGCAGCAGCCUGGAAACGCACGCACUCCGUAGAAGGGCUGGAAGCAGUGUGAGCAGCGGGACAAGUGAGGUGUGGUUGGGUUCCCUGGAUGGUGAUCCAGCUGGCCUGGAGGUCCUUCCUGAGCUCUGGCCUCAUUCUGAGAGUCCCUCAGCUCCCAAACACAGUCCAUCAGCUUCAAAUCAUAGCCCGUCAUCCUCCCACCAUAGCCCAACAUCACCCCAUCACAGCCCCUCAUCCUCGCACCACAGUCCAUCGUCCCCACACCACAGCCCUUCACCCAGCCGCCUCAGUCCCAUCACGUGUCCCAGCCCUGUCCCCGUCCAGCAGAGCUCCAACCACCUCCUCCCGCCCCAAGAGACGGCUCCCCCUGGACCCAACCCACCUUCGGAAGAUCGGGAGUCAAAGUGGCACUCCUCGCCCCCGAGAGAAAACCCUAAGGAAGCUUUUUCAUCUGUGAUACCACUUCACCCUAGUGCCCUAAGCCCUCACACAGGCCCUGUGCCAGCAGUGAGUGAGGAAGGUGGAAAGAACAGACAGAAUUGUGUCAUAACAGUAAACUCCGUUUCAAGUAAAAAUAUACUUAAUAACGGACAAUCCUUGAAAAAGUUUAAGUCAAGGGACCGUUCAUAUUAUGAUGCAAGCUUUUGUAAGGAGAACCAAUCAGUGUUACAAGAUAAUUAUAAUUUAAACUGUGUUUUAAGAAAACAGAAAGACGAUCUGACAUAUGGCAGCAGUAGUGACGUUGAGCGUAUGGCCAGAGAGGGUUGUGUGUGGAUUGAUAAGUUUGCGUCAUUGUUUGUGAAACAAGUGCUUGAGGAGGCACUGACUGUGAGUUGUUCAAUAGGAUGGUCCAUCAAAUGUUCUGGCCAGUGUCAGCGGGAACAGUGUCGGGAGGAGUACCAGAGGAAGGAGAGCAGCUGGUGGGCUGUAGGUGGGAGCAAAGGCAGUCGCAAGUCAAGCAUUCCCCUCCUUGGACUGUCUUGUGGGAGCCCAGGCUUGUGUUGGACGCCAGAGCUGCCCUACAGCCCCUCACACCGGCCACACUCCAGAUCUUCCUUGGGCUCAAGUCUCUCCUUCUCUCAUGACUCGUUGGUCAGCUCUGGCCCUCGCAUGGAUGACUCCCACCUCAUCACCGGCGCUGUGUCACAUGAUGCCUUGCUCUUUCCUACUUCCAAAACCAACCACAGCGAUGUAAGUGACAUUUACAACGUGCCGCUAGAUGGAGAUAUCUAUGCAGUGCCAGUAGAUGUAGUGAAGCCAAAGGAAGGGCAGAUACUACACCCAAAGGCCAUUAUGCACCAGCCCAAGAAGAGACAUCACCGGAGACAUGGUAAGAACAGUGCCAGUGCCAGUGUGCUGAAUGAUGCCAGUUCCAAGAGAGUGAGUAGUUCCGAUCAUGUUAGCAGUAGCCGGCAGCUCAAGGAGAGUAGUGUGACGAGGAGCAGACAGCACUCAGGUCAAUCUGUUGCAUCAGUCAGUGGUGGUGAAUUGUUAAGGGUCAGCAAGCGUCACAGUGUCCCCAGUAACAUUGGUUGUGCCCUCAGCAUGACUCCAAAGCAUGGACCCAGCAAAGAAAAUCAUGAACCCAUUCACAUGACGUUAGAGGAAGUUAGAAAGUCCUUCCACGAGUCUGAUGACACAAUAAACUGUAACAAGACUCAUAGAGUUCAACAAGAGAGAAAAGUAGGUCAUGAACAAUCUAAAAUAUGCAGAAUAAUUCCAUUUACUUCAAUGAAGUCAUGCAAAAGAAAAGACAGCUCUGAAGGGCGUCUUGAGGACAACAGAAAGAAAGGGAAAAGUAUAUCUAGUAAUAUCCGUAACACCCUUAUUACAAUAUUUGGUCUGAAAAAGGGUACCAAAUCUAGUAGUUCAAGAUUGAAAAGCGGAAGCUGUGUGGACGCUGCAUCUCAGGGAUUUUCAGAAAUCGCCGGCAAUGGGACCACAACCCUGGCUGGCUCCCCCGCCUCAGGACCAAAACCCAACAAUACAGCCAACCAUACAACCACCGUCAGCAAGAACCACCACAACCAGCAGAACCAUCACAGUAACCACCGCCACUCCAAUGGUAUUAACACUGGGUUGCUGUCAUGCCUGGGGAACCACAAAGCAGAGGCAGAUGACCUACCUGCGACUGUAGCGCCAGCACCUCAGCAGAACAGUGCUCCCCCAUCACGAUCACCAGCUAUUGUCACCAACCGUGCACUGCCUCCUUUGCCCUUGCCCAGUGCCGGGGAGGAGGAAGAUGCCAACAGUAAGUCGCAGACAGAGUCUGGGAGUGAGCGCAGAGAAGAGGAAGGCUGCGACUUUGCCUCCAUCAUUGAAAAAGUCAAAGAUUGUGGGUGGUAUUGGGGUCCAAUCAGCGGGGAGGCAGCCGAGAAGGUGCUGGCCAACGAACCCGAUGGGUCCUUCAUUGUGAGGGAUUCAUCUGACCACCACUACAUCUUCUCCCUCACCUUCAAGCUCAAUGGCUUCAUUCGGCACGUCAGGAUUGAACAUGAUCAAGGAAAUUUCAGUUUUGGUGGAUUCACCAAGUUCAAGAGCCAGACCAUAGUCGAGUUCAUUGAAAAUGCUGUGGAACAUUCUCGUAGUGGCCGAUAUUUGUUUUUCCUGCACCGUCGCCCUGUCCUGGGACCCAUGAGGGUUCAGCUUCUCCACCCAGUGUCUCGCUUUAAGCACAUUCAGAGUCUUCAGCAUUUGUGUCGGUUUGUUAUUGUGAAGCAUGUCCGCCGUGACCUGAUUGGUGAGCUGCCACUACCUCAGCGACUGAAAGACUAUUUGUGCUCCCCGCAUUACUAUUCCGAAAUGGUUGAGCAAUGCAUGGCAGCCGCUGCGGCCGCUGCAGCUUCUGAUAAUGAAGACAGUGCUUCUUCAGGAGCCACAGUCGAAGGGCUUAGUGUUCCUAGUCAGGUGCUUCACCCCUCGCUAGGAGACCUACAAGACAACCUUCCUGCACCACCCACCCUUUUGCCAGGCUUCCCCGGUGUACCUCAGCCUGUGAUGGACCGUGCCUCCCAGACCUCCCAGGCGGCUUCCCCCAACCCACCACCGUCACAGGAGGACGACCUGAACCUCCAAGCUCACCAGGAUUUAGAUAAUUCCACUCUACAAGAGACCAGCCCAAACCACAACACAUCCACCGUACUUCAGCCCCUAAUAGACCCGGACCAUCAUGUCAGCAGUAUAACACAGCCUUUGCCAGAGCCCAACCACCUCACCAUGAACCCCCCAGCCAGUGUAAACGACGACUCCACCAUCAGUCACUCCCCUACAUGUUGCUCACCCGCACACAUGGAGCGUGAUAAUUACCGUGUGUGCCCACAGGUGACCCUAACCAGCCAGGCUCAUGCUGCCAGUGCCUCACCUGCCCUACAGGGUAACCUUGCCUUCGCCCACCAACACACGACCAGUGCCAGUGGGCCUCUCUCACUCGUCUCCUCAAAGAGUGACGUGCAGGACGAUAGAAGUUUCCCUAUUGACAGAGCACCCAUGUUCACUGACAGUGCUCGCAGUGAUGCAGGCAGAAUAAAAGCGAAUGCAAUGGGCUCUGGAGACUUUGUUAGAAUCAACCCAUGUCGUGGUCUGGAUGACCAUGUUUUUGAAGAUUUAGGAGGUGUCUGAAAAAAAAUAUUCUGUCCUGCUGAAUAGCUUGUAAUGGAGUGCUGUGAACCUAUGCUAGGGUAGCGACACCAGCUACUGUGUUCCUUGGUCAGUUUUGUGUAUAUUUGAUUACUGAUCUUGCUAUGUUAAAAGGAUUGAGUUUAUUUACAGAUAUGUAUUUAUUAUUGGUUGUUAGAAUUUCAUUAGUCUAUUUGAUUUAUAUUAUUUGCUAAGACAACCAAAGACAUUUAUCAUUUUGUCUUCUGAGUAAGAAAAAUAUUAUAUACUUAGAUGACAUUUUAAAAAAUGGUUUAAAAUUGAAAAGAUCUCAUAAACAUAUGCAGUAGAUCUUACUCAGGGAAAAUGGUUCACACGUGAAAUCGUCUUGUGGCAUUAAAUAUAAAGAAAAGAUGUAUUUUUUUAUGCAGAAACAAAUGGUCAAUUUAAUAGUUGUUUAGUCAUUUCAAUGAGAAUAUACAGUACAUAAGGAAAAUUUUGCAAUAAAUUUUUCUUCUAUUCAAAUGUAGAUUUCAGAGGAAACCAUUUUCCCAGAAAGAAAAAAAAGUAUUCAUUUUUUUUUCCAAUUUAAUUUUCAAGUAUGUAAAAUUUACUUGUAAUGUGUAUGUAUGUGUCUGUGUCUAUGUAUGUGUUUGUAUGUAUUUUGGGGAUAAUUACA